UCACCACACCGACGGCCAAGGUUUUUCUUUCAAGACCACCGUACGAAAGUUUACCGCAUUUUAGGUGAAUUGUCGACUAGUAUAAAAUACGAAAAAAUCGCCCGAAAAUGUAUCAGUCUCAAUCAGUUAGUCUUUCGACUCGCAACACAGACCUAAGAAACAAUCAAAAUGUUCAAAUUGGUGGUGUUGUCUGCUCUCGUUGCCGUUGCCGUGGCUAAACCAUCCGGUCUUUUCUACGGAGCCGCUCCAGAUGUAGCCAGCUCCUACAUCGCCCCAGCAGCCGUCAGUUCUACCUACAGAGAAGAUGUCAUUCACAAACCCGCCGCUGUCGCUUACGCUGCUCCAGCUGCUGUAGCUUACUCUGCCCCAGUAGCCGUUGCUGCUCCCGUUGUAGCCAAGACCUACGUAGCCCCAGCCGCUGUAAGCUCCACCUACAGGGAAGAUGUCAUCAGCAAGCCAGCUGCCGUAGCUUAUGCUGCUCCCGCUGUAGCUUACUCUGCUCCAGUAGCCGUCGCUGCUCCUGUUGUAGCUAAGAGCUACGUUGCUCCCGCCGCUGUCAGCUCCACCUACAGAGAAGACUACAUCAGCAAACCAGCCGCUGUAGCUUAUGCCGCCGCUCCAGUUGUAGCCAAAUCGUAUGUAGCUGCCGCUCCAGCUUACGCAUAUGCUGCUCCCUCUGUCCACGCUUGGUACUUGGAGAGCUGGAGCAUGGGCAGCGUAACCAUAAGCAACAGGUGCAGCAUAAGCAGCAUGAGCAGCAUAGGUAGCUACAGCAGGAGCAGCGUAAGCAGCUACUGCAGGGGCAGCAUAGGCUACAGGGCCAGAGAUGAUGGUCUUCUGAACAACUGGAGCCGAAUAAGUUGCUACAGCUGGAGCGGCUACGAUUGGUGCGGAAUAUGCAGCAUAGGCUACAGCAGCUGGUUUACUGAUGGUAUCUUCCCUGUAAGUGGAGCUUACAGCAGCGGGAACGGCAUAGGUUUUAGCAACAACGGGAGCAGCGACAGCUACUGGGGCAGCUUCAACCACGGUUUUGGCAACGGGAGCGGCGACUACAGCUGGGGCACUGUAAGCUACAACGGCUGGUUUGCUGAUAACAUCGGAUCUGUAGGUGGAGCUAACUGCGGCUGGAGCAACAACAGUUUUGGUUACAACUGGGGCAACAGGUUCGGCUACCACGGUCUUGGCUACAGCUUCAACAACGGGUUCGGCUACGACAGGAGCACUGUAAGCUACGACAGCUGGCUUACUGAUGAUGUCUUCUCUGUAGGUAGAGCUGACGGCAGCUGGGGCAACAUAGGAUUUGGUUACAACCGGAGCGGCUACAGCUACAGGUUCGGCUACGACGGCUUUAGCUACGGGGGCAGCAACAACAGCAGGAGCGGAGUAAGCUACAGCGGGAGCGGAAUAUGCUACAGCGGCUGGGUGGCUGAUGAAACAGUCAAAAUGUUCAAAUUGGUGGUGUUGUCUGCUCUCGUUGCCGUUGCCGUGGCUAAGCCAUCCGGUCUUUUGUACGGAACCGCUCCAGUUGUAGCCAGCUCCUAUAUCGCACCAGCAGCCGUCAGCUCUACCUACAGAGAAGAUGUCAUCAACAAACCCGCCGCUGUAGCUUACUCUGCUCCAGCCGCUGUAGCAUACUCUGCACCAGUAGCCGUCGCUGCUCCUGUUGUAGCCAAGACCUACGUAGCCCCAGCCGCUGUAAGCUCCACCUACAGAGAAGAUGUCAUCAGCAAGCCAGCUGCUGUUGCCUACUCUGCUCCCGCCGUUGUAGCUGCUCCUGUAGCUGUUGCAGCUCCCGUUGUAGCUAAGACCUACGUCGCUCCCGCUGCUGUCAGCUCUAGCUACAGACAAGACGUUAUCAGCAAACCAGCUGCUGUAGCUUAUGCCGUCGCUCCAGUUGUAGCCAAAUCGUAUGUAGCUGCCGCUCCAGCUUACGCAUAUGCUGCUCCUGCUGUCCACGCUUGGUAAUUGAGAGGACUGAUUUAGGAAACUAGACUGUGUUUA